AUGCUCGUUUGCUUUGAUGUAUGUUUGAGGCAAACUGAUUCUAGUUACCGUCGGGUCGAAACACACAUUCCCCCACCUGGAUUGAGAUCAACUACGGAUGAAGAGAUGGUAUCGGUGCCUGUCCUGGGACCAGAAUGGCACAAAUCAGAACUACACGAAAUGUCCAAGACGGGGAGGAAUGAAGUGACCAGGGAAAAACGUGUCAGGGCUUGGAGAGAAUGGAAACGAGACCAACGAGGUUUAUGCGGUGUGGCUUGGUUGACCAGGCGGCUGCUAGUAUUCACUCUAUUCUUCGUUUGCGCUGGCCUUGCCGUGACACUAUUCUUUGUCCUUCCUCGAGCUCCCAGCUUCACAUUCUACGCCCCUUCACCGUUUACCGUGGAUAACUCUACCAUUGCCUUCAGUCGGACGCCCACCAACUUUUCAUUUGCCGGUAAUCUCAAUUUGUUUGCCGAUGGGACCAACUCAUAUGUCCCCGUACAUCUCAGCAACCUCGAAGCGACCCUUUAUGACCUCACGACGGACAAGCAAAUCGCCACUGGCUCACUUCACGGUCACGUCGUUCAUCACAAAGCGGACCAACCUGUCGUUUUACCUGUCGAGUUCAAUUAUAGCGCUCUGAACACUUCUGACACUACUUGGAACGAUCUAUACGACGCUUGUGGACAUUUAUGGCCUGGAACUACACGACCCGACCUCAAAUUCCGCUUGGUUCUCAAGAUGUCUAUCAUUGGGCUUGUGACGCAUCCUGAACAGUCAACUCAGAUUAGUGAUGUCGCCUGUCCGUUCGAGCUUCCCGCCAGUAGCGUAUGA